AUGCAUGUGGUGUGGCUCAGGCAGCCUGCCUCCUGGCUGCUGGUCCUGUGGCUGCGCUGCAUCCUGGCUGAUUUCACCUUGGACAAUGAGGUGCACUCGAGUUUCAUCCACCGGAGGCUGCGGAGCCAGGAGCGCCGGGAGAUUCAGCGGGAGAUCCUCUCCAUCCUGGGUUUGCCCCACCGGCCCCGGCCCCAUCUGCACGGCAAGCAGAACUCUGCCCCCAUGUUCAUGCUGGAUCUCUACAAUGCCAUGUCGGUGGAGGAGGAGACGGCAGGAGAGGAGGGAGAGGGAUUCUCCUACCCUUACAAGCCCAUCUUCAGCACCCAGGGGCCACCCCUGGCCAGCCUACAGGACAGCAACUUCCUCACCGAGGCAGACAUGGUGAUGAGCUUCGUGAAUCUGGUGGAGCAUGACAGAGAGUUCCAUCAUCAACGCUAUCACCAUCGGGAGUUCAGGUUUGAUCUCUCCAGAAUCCCAGAGGGGGAAGCAGUGACUGCUGCCGAGUUCAGGAUAUAUAAGGAUUACAUCCGAGAACGGUUUGAUAAUGAAACAUUCCAGAUAAGUGUCUACCAGGUACUGCAGGAGCACCCAGGAAGGGAUUCAGAUUUGUUCCUGCUUGACACUCGAAUAAUCUGGGCUGCAGAGGAAGGUUGGCUGGUGUUUGAUAUUACAGCAACCAGUAAUCACUGGGUGGUAAACCCACAACACAAUCUCGGCCUGCAGCUAUCAGUUGAGAGUAUAGAUGGUCAAAGCAUCAAUCCCAAACUGGCUGGUCUUAUUGGAAGACAUGGGCCACAAAAUAAGCAGCCUUUCACGGUAGCAUUCUUCAAAGCCACAGAAGUGCAUCUCCGCAGUAUUCGUUCCACGGGAGGCAAACAAAGGAGCCAGAAUCGAUCGAAAACACCAAAAAACCAGGAAGCCUUUCGGGUAUCUAACAUUGCAGAAAACAGCAGCAGUGAUCAGCGGCAAGCCUGCAAGAAACACGAACUUUAUGUCAGUUUCAGAGAUCUUGGCUGGCAGGACUGGAUAAUUGCUCCAGAAGGCUAUGCUGCAUAUUACUGUGAAGGAGAAUGUGCCUUCCCAUUGAACUCCUACAUGAAUGCUACAAACCAUGCUAUUGUACAGACACUGGUUCACUUUAUAAACCCAGAGACUGUGCCGAAGCCAUGCUGUGCUCCUACACAACUCAAUGCCAUCUCAGUGCUCUAUUUUGAUGACAGCUCCAAUGUUAUCUUGAAAAAAUACAGGAAUAUGGUGGUACGGGCAUGUGGCUGCCAUUAG